UCGCCCAAAAUUAAAUCUCGGUGCAAAUUUCGGUCAGUCACGAGCGGACUUGUGUGGAAAGCAGAACUGGCUGCAAGUGUCGUGUUGAAAACCGGGAGAACGUUGGGUGUCCAUUUUGUCCGCCGGAAAAUUCGCUAGUCUCUUUUUAUAUCCAAAGUCUCCCGCUUUUUUUUUUGCUCUUCAUUCUCUCACAUCUUCACUCUUUCUAACUCCGACCUCUAUGCCUCUCACUUGCGCAUUCCCCUGAGCGCCAGUGUCUAUAAGAAAAAGAAAAGAAGCUGAUUUGAAAGGAAAAGAAAAAAAGGAAAGGAAAAAAAAGAAGUGAUCGUGAGUGCCGUGUGAAGGGAUCACCGUGUGUGUGGACUUACCAGGAACGGGGGUGUGUUCAAUAUAUAAUUGAAUAAUGCUCUCUGUGCUCCCGAAAUGGUCAUCAAUUUCGCUGGUGUGCUUCCUAUUGGCAUUCGCUGCAUUUCCGGGUUGUGUUUCAAGUGCCAAGAGUAAAAGUGGCGGUGAUGGCCCAAAAGCUCCACAGUCCGCCCAUCCGGCGGAUCCUGUUAUUGAGGAAGUCACCGCAAAGCAAUUGGAGCGAAUUCUCCUUGAGAAGGACUAUGUGGCUGUAUAUUGGUAUGCACGGAGUUGUGUGACUUGCGACAAAGUUUUAGCCGAACUCGAACAAAUCGACGAUGACACCGACUCUUUCGGUGUGGACUUCGUUAAAAUAAACGACAAACGACUUGCCAAGCAGUAUGGCAUUAAAAAUUUCCCAGCUCUCACCUACUUCCGAGAUAAGACUCCAAUAAUCUUCGAUGGCGACAUUAUGGACAGCGAAGCUGUUCUGGAUUUCCUCACAUCCCUUGAAGCCAUGGAUCUGCCGGAUCGCAUUGAGGAGGUCAAUGCGAAAAUCCUCUCGAAGAUCGUCGAAGACACGGACUACAUUGCUGUGCUCUUCUGUCCAGAGCACAGUACAUGUCCAUCAGGACAUGGAGGAAAGUCGAAUAAGACCGAGUGCAGGAAGUGCGCCAAAGCUCUGCAAGAAUUGGAGAAUAUCGACGAUGAGGCAGACCAGCUGGGCAUUGGUUUCGUGAAAAUUCACGACGAAGAUCUGGCGGAUGAAUACAAUUUGGGUGAACUCCCCAAAUUGGUUUACUAUCGCAACCAAAUUCCCAUCAUUUACGAGAAUGAAUUGUCUCGCGAGGAGGAUGUUCUUGAGUGGUUAAUUGAGAACAAAUCCACGGGAGAUGAUGAAGAUAUCAUUGAAGAUGUAACUGCCAAGACGCUCAAUACUCUCAUUGGCAAUGUGGACAAUUUAGUUGUUCUCUUCUAUGAUCAUGGGGAUGAGGAGUCAAUGACUGUCCUGGAGGAGCUAGAGAAAAUUGACGAUGACUGCGACAGGCAUGGUAUUCAAUUUGUCAAGAUUGACGACAAGAAAGCCGCAAGAGCUUUUGGACUUGAUGAGGAUGAUUUCGAAGUACCAGCUAUUGUCUACUUUGAAAAGCAAAUUCCAAACGUUUAUGAUGGGGAUUUGGAGGAUGAGAAUGAAAUUCUCAAAUGGCUGCUGUCUCGCCUGGAAGAAGAUGAAAUUGAGGAUGUUACAGAUGAAAUGCUGGAUUCCCUCAUAAAAGAAGGAAAAUACCUAGCUGUUCUCUUCUAUGAUAACAAUGAUAAGAAAUCCCAGAGAAUCCUCGAAGAACUCGAAAAUAUUGACGAUGAAUGCGAUGAAAUGGGCAUUCUCUUCGUGAAAAUUGACAAUGAUGAAGAAGCAAAGGAAUAUGGGAUUGAGAAGAUUCCUAAACUCCUCUUCUUCGAAAAUGGAAUCCCGACAAUGUACGAAGGACCAUUGGACGAUGAAGAGGGCCUGCUGAAGUGGAUGGAAGCCCAAAAGAGCUCAGAUGAAAUUGAAGAUAUUACAGAUGAAAUGUUGGAUUUGAUCAUCGAGAAGAUGGAUCACGUUGCUGUGCUCUUCUAUGACAAAGAUCAGAAGGAAUCAACAAAGAUCCUGGCAGAGCUGGAAGAUAUUGAUGAUGAAUGCGACCAAAAUGAUAUUGCCUUUGUGAAGAUAGACGAUGACAAUGAAGCCAAAGAAUGGGGUAUUGAUGAACUGCCCACGAUGGUUCUGUACGAGAAGGGGGUACCGCAUGUGUAUGAAGGUGAUCUCGAGAAGGCUGAUGAACUCCUUGGUUGGCUCAUUCAUCAGAAGAGACAUUCCGAAAUUCCCGAAAUUACAGACGAAAUGAAGGAUAAACUGAUUGAAACUGCUGCACACUUGGCCGUUAUCUUCUAUGACAAAGACGAUAAGCAGGACAUUCGUGUACUCAAUGAGUUAGAGAAUAUUGAUGAUGAAUUAGAAAAGGAAGGAAUUGUUAUUGUACGAAUUGAUAAUGCAGAAGAAGCCAAAGAAUAUGGAUUGGAUCACUUACCUGCUCUUGUUUACUUUGAAGAAAAGAUUCCAAGCGUUUAUCCGGGAGAUUUAAUGAAUGAAGAUGAAGUAUUGGAGUGGCUUCUGUUGCAAAAGGAAACAGCAUCAAUUGAAGAAGUCACCGAUGAAAUCCUUCAGGAAUUAAUUGAAGAGCACGAAUACGUUGUAGUCUACUUCACAGGACCAUGUGAAUCAGGAGAGCGCUGUGAUAAUUUCUUGGAAGAUUUGGAGAAUAUUGACGAUGAAUUGGAUGAAGCAGGAAUCAUCUUUGUUCGUACGGAAGAUGUUAGCAUGGCUAAGAAAUACAACAUUCGCAAUCUCCCACAAGUUGUCUUGUUCCGCAACAAAGAACCCGUCCUGUACAAGGGAGGAGAAGAUGAAGAUGAGGUUCUUACAUGGCUAACAGAUGAGAAUACAUUGGAAAUUCCGGGGAAAAUUGAGGAAGUGAACGUGAAGAUGUUGGAGAAGAUUCUCGGAGAAAAUGACCACAUCGUCGUAUUCUUCUAUGAAGAAGGAGACAAAAAAUCCCAGAAAAUCAUUAAUGAAUUGGAAAAUAUUGAUGAUGAAUGUGAAGAAAAAGACAUUGAUUUCGUGAAGACAUCAGACGAUGAUAUUCAGGAAGAAUAUGAUCUCCCAAGUCUCCCAGCUCUUGUGUUCUAUCGCCAUAAAUUCCGUACAAUCUACACGGGAAAUCUCAUGAAGGAGGAGGAAAUCCUCGAAUGGGUUUUGGACCUUCAUGAAUCACCUCCAGAUGAAAUUGAAACCGUUGACAGGAAGACUCUUCAAGUUCUCAUUAAUGAAGUUGAGCAUCUUGCUGUUUUCUUCUACGACGACAAGUGCACAUCCUGCCCAGGAAUUCUUGAAGAACUCGAAACAAUUGAUGAUGAUACAGACAAGCACGGAAUUCAAUUUGUAAAGAGCAGUGAUGCCAAAUUAGCACACGAAAUUGGAAUCUUCUCAUUUCCUGCUCUUGUUUACUACGAAACCGGCGUUCCAAUUAUGUAUGACGGUAAUCUCAAAAAUGAAAACCGCGUCCUGCAGUGGCUAAUCGAUCAAAAGAGCGAUGACGAUGACGACGACGACGAUGAUGAUGAUGAUGAUGAAGAAGAUGGGGAUGAUGGCAAUGACGAUGAUGAAGAUAACAACGACGAUGAUGAUGAAGAAGAUGAAGAUAACGACAAUGAUGGGGAUGAUGAUGAUGAAGACAACGAUGAUGAAGAUGACAAUGACGACGAAGAUAAUAAUGAUGAAGAUGACGAAGAUGAUGAAGAUAAUAAUAAUGAUGAUGAAGAUGAUGACGAAGAUGAUAACAACAACGACGAUGAUGAAGAUGAAGAUGAUAACAAUGAUGAUGAUGAUGAAGAUGAUGAAGACGACAAUGGAAAUGAUGAUGAUGAUGAUGAAGACGAUGAAGAUGACGAUGAAAAUGACGGAUGCUUCUACGUGGGACUCGGGCAGAGUGGAAAUGCGAAAAAGGGUUCAGGCUACGUCCCCCAUGAAUAUCGGCCCUUCCAGUGUUGUCCAACCAAAUUGGAACGCUCCAUCAAGGUGCCCAAAAUGACUGCGGCAAAAAUUGGACAUGAGAGUAAAAAAAACUCCGGUGGUAGUUUCAAAUUUGGCACACCCACACCACCCCCAAAAAGCGACACAAAAUCCCCCACAAAGACCAAAACACAAAAUUCACCACCAUUAAAGCCAGUUCCCACACCCGUGACGAAAACCGCGAAAAAAGACAUCGAUGACGACAAGAAGAAGGUUACAAAGGAACCUAGACCGAGUACGAAGCAAGCCCUAGCCACCAAGGGGGGUAAGGAUAAGAAUGCCAAAGGGCAGAAGGGAUUAUUUGGCAUUGGGCUCAAUUGGUGGUAAGACACAAAGAUUUAUUUAAAAAAAAAAUGCUCUACCACAAAGACACACCCUUUUAACCCUUUGACGACUCUAUGGAUUAUUACUUAAUCCAUAGCUGCUAGUUUUUGAAGCAGGAGAAUUUUAUAGAGACAGAGAUUUCUAUAAAACUCCUGUUUUUGUAAUUUUAAAUGAAUUUUUUUGAGCUAUAAAUACCUAAGACCCAUUAAAAAAAUUAUUUUGAAAACCUUCUUGAGCUUUGAUGAAAAAGAAAAAAAAAUCUUUCCUGCCCAUUUUGUACGAAAAAUCACACCAGAAUCUUAUUUAAAAACAACCUAGAAAUUUUUCUAGAAGUCUAGAAUUAAAUUCUGAUCAUAAAUCAAUUUGAUUGAUAAAAAAUAUUUCCAAAAUCUUUCUAGAAAUGUUCUAAGAAAUCUGCUUAAGAUCUGCGCAGAAAUUUGCCCAGAAAUAUUCUAGAAUUAUGUAUAAGAUUCUACCCAUAUUUUUUUCCAAAAGUCUCUCAAGAAUUCUGUAUAAGAUCUGUCCAGAAUUUUACUCACAAAUCUAUCUAAAACGCUUCACAGAUAUCUAUCCAUAAAUCAACCAGAAAAAAACUAAAAUCUACUUUAAACCCAUUUCAAAAUUUCGUAAAUAGAAAACAAGUUUAGAAUAACUUAUCAUAAAAAUCUUUAAAAAAAAAAUACACAAAUAAUGAAAAUCCUUAAAUAUAAAAAAAACCUCGAAAAAGAAAUAAUCAAAAAAAAUCUAUAAACAUUAAAAAAAAACCAAAGAAAUACCUCUUCGGUUUACGGGUAAAGCAAAACACUUAUAGAAAAUAUUUUUUGGUUUUCUAUUUACGAAAAGUUUAAAACUUCUUUUUAAUUCUUCUCUGACUUUCUCAAAAAAAGCAGGUUAAAGACUCAAGGAAUAAAACGAACAGUGAUGCAUUUUGCAAGAAUUUUUGCUCUAAAUUUCAAAAUAGUUUUGCCUUUACUGCAGGGUUAAUUACACUGAAAAAAAAAUAUUUAAAAAAAUGUUUCUAAGCUUUCAGUAAGCAAAGUUUGUAGGUCAUAAGAAAGCUGCCCAUCGGACAUUAUUUAGUUAAUUUAAAUUGAGCAGAAGAACAUCCUUUUAGAGUGGUCAGAAUUUAGAAUAUUAUUUUGAGGAAAAGAACUUUUAAUUUUUAUUCGUUCUCUAAAUUCAAGGGGUGUUUAGCUAACUAAAUAAAUGAUCACUUAUUCGAAUUAAAUGGAUUAUUACUUGCAGGUGUAUUCUAAAGGAAUAUUUUAAAGUUAAACUCCUGAAAAUUCUUUAAUUUAUUAAUUAAAACAAAAUAUUCAUUAGUUAAACACCCCUGGGACGGUGCUUUGGAAAUUAUUUGAUUUCAUUUUUCUGCCACACUGCUCAUUUUUUUUUGUAAAUUACUUCAAAUUAAACUUUAAAAAAUGGCUGUUUAGUCAUCGAAAGAAUUAUGCUAUUGUGAUGUAGCAAAAUGAAAAUUUUUAGCAAAAUUAAAAAGGAGCUCCCCAAAAGCUCUUUAAGACUUUGUAAAUAUAUAUUGUUGAAGACAAUUUGUUGAAAGAAAUUUGUUGUUAAAAAAACGUUGCAGAACGUGAAAUUGUUGACGCAUUGUUGAUUGAUUUUUAAAUUGUGGUUGUGUUUUUAAUUUCUAAUACGCUCUCUUAGGCUUAAAUUUUCCAACAUAGAUUUUUCUUUUUUCAUUCUCUCAUCUCACGAAUUUUUUUUUUCGUUAAUUUGCCAUCAAAGAAAAAAUUGUAAUGGGAUUUUCCGUGAAAGAAAAAAAAUGCCCGAAAAGUCGCGAAAUGUUUUAUUGCAAUUUUUUUGUAGGUUCUGUAGGAUUUUUUUUGUUAAAUUAGUUUGUCCCUUCGUUAGUCUUCAUCUUAAAACAUUUUACAUUUCUCUAUUUUCUCUGUGAUUCUCGUGAAAGUCUCGUAAUCAUUUUAUUCUAUAGAAUUUUUUCUUCUACAUAAUAUAUUUCUAAUAGACACUCAUUAAAAUCAACACACAUACUUACACUAAAAGAAAACUCUUUAUCAACUAUUUGUACAAAGAAAAAAAUAAGUUGUAACCUCAUGAAAUUUUUUGAAAGGAUAAAGAAAAUGGUUGUAUAGAAAAAAUGUUUCUAAGUUUAAGGAAAUAAAAGGAAAAUUGGUCAAAAGGAAA